AUGAACUUCGAAGCCAGCGCCCAUCAUGGUGAUUACUCUCACAAAGAAAAUGUGCCACCUUCAAGUAAAACAGACGCACCACAUGCCAGGAGGACCAGGCAGCGGACGGUUCUCGGUGUCUUGUCUGAAAAUGAGCAGCACAGUCGAUCCCGCAGUGAGGGUAGCCACUUUUCUGUUCGCUCAGACAGCUCUCAGCUCAACUUGGUCAGCUGUCCCUCCAGUUCCAGCUUCGACGUGUAUGUCGAAGAGGCUUGUGAGGUUGUUCUUGCAGCUUCGGGUCAAGAAGUGGCUCAGAGCGAUGCUCUGCAAAUCGAAGAUAUGAGACUCCUGCUGGAACUGAGUUCGAGUUCAUAUCAGGAUGCUUCUGGGCAUUCUGAACCAGAAAGCUCCCUGCUGUCAGAGGGAAUGUUUUCUAUGGAGUAUGCUAAAAGUAUUUACCAGCACUUAAGAGAAAAUGAGGUGAAGUUUAGGGCCAAGCCCUAUUUACAGAGACACCCAGAGAUCACCAGCGACAUGCGGGUCAUUCUGGUGGACUGGCUUGUUGAGGUUGCUCAGGAAUACAGGCUUCAUUCUGAGACUCUGCACCUCGCUGUCAACUACCUGGAUCGCUUUCUGUCCUGUACGGCAUUCAUGAAACGAGGAAAGCUGCAACUGGUUGGCACAGCCGCUUUAUUGAUCGCUGCAAAAUAUGAGGAGAUCGACCCCCCAGACCUGAAUGAGUUUGUGUACGUCACGGAUAACACCUACACUAAGAAGCAGUUGGUCCAAAUGGAGUAUGCUUUCCUGAAGAUUCUGUCCUUCAUGAUGGCAGCGCCCACAUCCAACCAGUUCCUUCGCCUUUACAUGAGCAUCAGUUCAGUCUGUGUCAAAACAGAGAACCUUGCCCAAUAUGUAGCAGAGUUAAGCCUGUUGGAAAUUGAUCCAUUCCAACGGUACACCCCGUCCAUGGUUGCAGCGAGCGCCUACUGCCUGGCUGCUUACACUGUGAACCAAUCGCUCUGGCCUGACUCUCUGAAGGAUUUUACGGGCUAUACCAUGGCUGAAAUCAUACCGUGCCUGAAGGACCUUCACAACCUUUACAUGACUGCAGACGACAGACCGCAACAGGCCAUUGCGAAUAAAUACAAAAGUUCCAAGUGGUGUCGAGUUUCACUGAUAACUCCACCUGCCGCACUACCUUUCCAGUGA